AUGGAUGUCCUGCCGCCGCCCGACUAUCCUCCGGUCCAGCCGAGCGAUUACCCUCAAAUUCCAACUCGGACGCCACCCGCGACCCUUGAGGUAUUGCGUGCUUCUUGCGUUAGCGGUGAUAUUCAGAAAUUUCGGGAGAUUCUUGAAUCACAAAUUUCUUCAUCGGAGGGCUUUGACAUAUGCGACUUCUAUGCGAUAAUCAUCGAAGCCAUCAAACGAAACGACGUACAGUUCAUCAAAGAGCUCCUUGAUCACGGCUUGCCUAUGGAUCCGCUGUAUACUCUGGAAGCCGUUAAUAUGAAGGCAAAGGAUGCGCUGGAAGUAUUCCUUGAAAAUGGAUGGAAUAUCAACCAACCUAUGAGCGAACUCAAACCCCCCGUACUAGGUUAUGCUAUUGCAGAUGAGGAGAUGGUAGCUUGGCUCCUUGAUCAUGGAGCUGAUCCUAAUCGACAAUGUGUUAUUGAUCUCACCCCACUUUCCCUUGCCGUCGAGAGCGCACCAGUAUCAGUCAUCCAGCUCAUGCUCAGUCGUGGCGGAGAUGUUCGAAAAGGCCAACUUCUCUAUCACGCAAUUGAACGGCAUUCGGAUAACAUUGCAGUCUUAAGCCUUCUUGUAGGAAAAGGGGCAGCUAUCAAUUCAACUAUGUACGAGGACCAUUAUCCUUCUCGGGCGCUAUUCUCGUUCAUGGAUCUCGGAACGCCUCUGCAUAAAGCGACUGAACUCGGCAAAGCGGAUGUGGUUCGCUACUUGGUCAGCAAUGGAGCGGACUUGAAUAAUAAAGAUGCAAAAGGUCGCACAGCUCUGGAGUAUGCGCGAAUGUUAAAUCAGCGGGAGGUUACCAAUGCACUCGAGAAAGGCAAGUAG